CCCCGCCCCGCCCCGCCGCGCCAGCUGCGAGUCUUGGCUCCAAGAAGGGUCGCGACAGAGAAGUCGCCCCCAGCGCUGUCCUAUCCUCUUACAUCCCGGAUCGACCCCCCGGGUCCAGACUAUGAGCUCAUGCGGCCCCCUUCACGCGCGCCAGUGUGAGUGUGCAAGUAUUCCGUAGAGGAAUUUGUUCUCUCCAAAACUGGGAGUGGGCCUUGGGCCUCCUUUUCAGCGUUGCCGCAGGAGCUGUUUGGCCUCAGUCUCCCCAACCCCCCGGGGCCCUCACUUUUUCUCCUCUCAGCCAUCCUAGAUCGCUGCGGGUCAUUGUUCUCGCUGCCAAAUGGGGGUGCUUUAUACAGGCUGUCAAGUUGGGGUGCGUUCUCUUCAUCCCGUUUUUCAAACGAAACUGGGCUUCUAAGGCGGACCCUGGGCAACCCACCUGGCCAUCCCUCCAGGUUGAUGCGCUGAUUCUUUCUUACCAAAUAGUAUUUUAUUGUACAGGAGCCACGCCCUGAUUUCUUAAAGGCGCCCCGCACUGUUUGGCCAUGUGUUAUCUCUAUUGCGGGCGUGUGGGAAACCUCCUGUGAGGCACUUCUUUUUCCCCGCCUCCUGAUAUAUCCUCCCACCCUCAUCGAGGAUUUAGGGAUGCCAGGGGGAAAGAAGGUGGUCCCGAGUGGCAGCAGCGGUGCCUCCCCGAACUCAGCUGCCGCCGCCACCGCUGCUGCAGCGGCUGCCGCCGCCCACUCUGGCAUUAAACAUUUGGAGACCAGCGAAGGGGCCUCAGCACAGAGAGACGAGGAACCAGAGGAGGAAGGAGAAGAGGACCUACGAGAUGGAGGUGUCCCUUUCUUCAUCAACCGAGGUGGACUGCCAGUGGACGAGGCCACCUGGGAAAGGAUGUGGAAGCAUGUGGCCAAGAUUCACCCGGAUGGAGAGAAGUUGGCCCUGCGGAUCCGUGGGGCCACGGACCUGCCCAAGAUUCCCAUACCAAGUGUGCCUACUUUCCAGCCGACGACGCCCGUCCCUGAGCGCCUGGAAGCCGUGCAGCGCUACAUCAGGGAGCUGCAGUACAAUCACACAGGGACACAGUUCUUUGAAAUUAAGAAGAGCAGACCUCUGACAGGGCUGAUGGACCUGGCCAAGGAAAUGACCAAAGAGGCUCUGCCAAUCAAAUGCCUGGAAGCUGUGAUCCUGGGAAUUUACCUCACCAACAGCAUGCCCACCCUGGAACGCUUCCCCAUCAGCUUCAAGACCUAUUUCUCAGGGAACUACUUCCGCCACAUUGUGCUGGGGGUGAACUUUGGGGGCCGCUACGGAGCCCUGGGCAUGAGCCGGAGGGAGGACCUGAUGUAUAAACCUCCAGCCUUCCGCACACUCAGCGAGCUCGUGCUGGACUACGAGGCGGCCUACGGCCGCUGCUGGCAUGUGCUGAAGAAGGUGAAGCUGGGCCAGUGUGUGUCCCAUGACCCCCACAGUGUGGAGCAGAUCGAAUGGAAGCACUCCGUGCUGGACGUCGAGAGGCUGGGCCGGGAAGACUUCCGCAAGGAGCUGGAACGUCAUGCCCGAGACAUGCGUCUCAAGAUUGGCAAGGGGACAGGCCCUCCCUCUCCCACCAAGGACCGGAAGAAGGAUGUUUCCUCCCCACAGAGGGCCCAGUCCAGCCCCCACCGCAGGAACAGCCGCAGUGAGAGACGGCCUUCAGGGGAGAAGAAGUCUGCAGAGCCCAAAGCCAUGCCAGACCUCAAUGGGUACCAGAUCCGGGUGUGAGGCAGAUGCCAGCACCCCCAGGCCUCCUCUGCUUCUGGAGGCCCUGACCCACCUACUUUGUUCAGGCAGGGGCUGGUGAUGGGCUGGGCUGGGGGUGACAGGCAGGAAGGAUGCCUUGCAAGUCAGCCCCAGGUGACUUUCCCUCUCAUGGAGUCAAGCCCCUAACUUUGGGCCAAGAAGCAGUAUUUUAUUUGGAGUUUUAGCCCUACAAUUGAAGUUUAAGGUAUGUGGAGGGAAAGACAUGGGUAUGCUUGCUGGUUGCUGUCAAAGAGUGCUCUAUCAAAGUACUGUGUGUCUUGGGGAGAAGGGCUUGCUGGUUCCAUGGGCUCCUUCUUUCAUCAGUGAUUGGGGUUGGUGAGCCUCGCCAGCCUGUGGGGUGAGGGUGGGGUGGGGUAGGGAUGGAGAAUCAUGUCCCAGAGAAAGGGAAGCAGGGUAGGGGUCCCCUGAAAAAGGUCCAUUUAUUCCUCAAAUCAGGAACUUGGCAGAGAACCCAUCUGCCUAAGGUGGAAGCCUAUGGCCCAGGAGAGCCCUCAGGUCAGUGUGACUCUUAAGUGACUCUUAAGCACUGUGCUCCCCCCCAACACAAAUAGAGAGAGAGAGAGAGAGAGAGAGAGAGAGAGAGAGAGAGAGAGAGAAGAGAGAAGAGAGAGAGGGAGGAAGGGAGGGAGGGAGAUGUCACCAUGGCCAGCCCAGGAUUAGGCUCUAGGUGAACCAGAAGAGACCAUGCAGGGAAGAGUUCCUGGCCCCCAGGAACUAGUCUUGACUAUUCCUGCAGCCCAGGGACUCCUUGCAAAAGGGCUGGGCUUUGUCGAGAGCCCAGAACUGCACAUGUGACACCAUGACCUUGAGAAACUGGCUGGGCAUGGGGAAGUUGAGUCGGGCCCUCUAGUUAUGAGAGUGGGUUCUUCUCUCCCAUUCUAAUAAUCUCAGCCCUUGCUGGGGAAAUAAGACCAGACCAGGAUGCCUAUACCCCAGGCCCACCUUCCCUGCCUUAGCUGCCCAUUUAGGCUUGGGGUGGCAGCCAGCCAGCUUGAGCAGUUUCAUGGGACACUGGCAGGGAGGAGCCUAGGCAGCAGGAGUUGUCUAUCUCCUGGCCUCAGGGCAAGAGAUCCCUGAUAGGAAAGUGAGGUAUGGAGAGGGGCUGUCAGGACUGGGCAGGGGUAGGCAGCCCACAAGUUGGAAGUGUAAGUGAGGAGUGUGGGAGGCAGUUCAGGAGAAGGCUGUGUGAGGACAGAGUUCCCUGCAGCACAGACAGUACUUGUCAGGUUGCUGGAGGCUUUAAGUGACAGAGGAUCACAGGGUAAGGUGACCAUGAAAGGGCUUUCCUGAGAGGCAGAGUCAGCCCAAGCAGCUGCCACGUGGCUGCAGAGGGUUGAGGGCGUGGAUAAGAGCAACAGAACUAGGAACUCAAAUGCCUACAGGACUAAUGAGGAAGAGUGCUGGGUGGGGACUGUGUCCAGGAAAGAGCUUUUCCCAUUAAAGUGGGCUGCUGCAUUCUACUGGUCCCACAGUGCAGACCCUAAGAGGUAGUUUGGGGGGUGGGUCUUUUGCUUUUGUAAUUUUGUAAAAGUUAACAAUCAGUGCCAGAAAUAAUCACUAUAGGUGAGAGAGAACCAGCCUGGAACCUCUGGGGUAGAGAGCUUGGGCUGGUUUGUGGGGAGACUCCUGCUGCACUGUGUAUGGAAAUGUGACCAUUUUAAGUUUCCCAAAGGCAGAAAGGGCCCACUACCUGUGUCAUCCCCCUUACCCCAUCUUGCAGAGAUCACGUGUGUGGUUGCUGGCUCACCAGAGAGGAUACAGUAGGGUGGAAUGGUGAUGCUCUUCCCUGCCCGGAAAUGCAUGGCUGCUGGAAGUAAAGAGGAAGGGGAGGAGGAAGGGGAUGCCUUUGCUGGUGACAUGUCACAGAGGCUGGCUGCCCAUCACACCAACAGCUCUUAGGCCCAGAAUUAGACCCAUGGACCCAGCACAGGCACCAUGGGAGGCCAGCUGCUUAGUCCCUUAUCUCACCUGGCUCCUCCUGGAGUCAGAGGGUCACUGGGAAGUGUAUAGCCUUCCCCUAGGCUAUACCCCAUGGCCAGUUCCAUGGUUGGAGCCCCAAAGGAACAUAACACUAUUUGAUCCACUUCAGAGUUCAGGGAGUAGGGACAGUGGUCCCCAUGCUCCCAUGCCCACUUGAGAGGUACGAGACUGGACAAGAUCUUUUCUGACUAUGAAUGUGGCUGCUUAUCCGUAGUCCUGUAUGUCUCUGGGAACUUCAAGAUGUGACAGAGUAUGGGAGAAAGAGGUGUGAGGGGAGCUGGAGUCUAUACUUAAGAGAAGAGCUCCAGGUCCCAGAGCCUUUGGACAGUGGCUCUGGGCCCCCUUCCUCUGAGGCCCAGGAGAGGAGGAAGCAGAUGGAGCUCAGGCUUGUUCAGGCUGUGGGGGAGCAGCUGAUGGCCAGCUGUGACCAGCCCCCUGCUGUUCACCUCUCCUGAGCUAAGGACCUCAGGCCUGUGGAGAUUGUCAUAGGCCACAGUGGUGCUUUUUAUUUUUUACUCUUUUUCAUAUGUAGCAAGCCACUCUCCCCUCCGGGGCCAUCUACAUGGGCUGUGCUUUCUGGGGCUGGCCUGGCUGUGUGGUUUCUGGGGAGGCAGAGGUCGGGACUUUGGGGCCUUAGUCACCAUCCAUGGCAUCACUUCAUCUCACUUCCUGUGGGGGACAGGGAUCUGGCAGGUGUGACCCCAGACUUCCUAACUCAAGCCUGCCUUUGGGGGCUGCUGGCUGAGGGGGGUCAAGGUGAGGUCAGGGGAAGUCCCUUGGUGGAGGUGGCUGGGGGGUGGGGGAGGGGGGACAGAGGUUCCCUGUGCUUUGGAGUCGGGUCAGAACACUAGGAAGUUGGCUUCAGAGAACCUUCCUCUCCACCCAGCUCCCUGCCAGUCCUUUCCCUCCAUAGCCUCACAUUUCCAUGCUCCCCUGGUCCCUCAUGCCAGCCACUCAUCCAUGGUGGGCAUGGCCAAGUGGGCAGAGCAGCAGCCCCCUGGCCCCAGACGCGAUGAUGAAGCCUAGGGACCAGAUACUGAGGAGCAGACUCAGAAAAUUGACCAUGGCUGAUGUCUAGUCCUUCCUUAUCAUAUCAUGCCCCAACCCCUGCCAGCUGGGAUGACUUCCUGGCUCAGGAAAUAGGUCUAAUGAUAACUGUGUAGUGCCCCAAGGUCUGUGUGCAUGAACACCUGGCUUUCCUGCCUGGAAUGGAUUCUGGCUUAACAUAUCACUGCGCCAACCUGGUGUGCUGGGGAGUGGUGGUGGUUAAGAGUGCAAGGAUGUGCAGGUGGGGCCCAUAAACUAGAGGUGUAAAAGGCCAGGAUGUUCUAGAGGGAGUAGAUGGGAGCUAAGGACUAACACUGCCAGGUGCCACAGCUUCCCACCAGUGUCUCCAGGCAGGUGGGGCUGCCACAGUGCUAGCUGCAAGUCCCUUUCUAGGACCCAUUCACUUCAGCUUGGUGCUUUGGGGUCCCAAGCCUCCUUGUCGAUUUAAGUCUAAAAAGAAGUCUGGAUACAGUCGACCCUUGGGCCAGUGAUGAUGGACCGUCCACCCCCUGUGCUUUGUUCAACUGAUGUGUUGUCCUAGCUGUCGUUAUCCCUGUCUUCCUAUCAGUAUUACCCCCGCCAUUCAGUGCACACUGUCUCUCUCAUUCCUUUCUCAAUUCCCCCCGAAAUGAAUAAAGUCUCCCCAGCUCCUGUUGUAUGGGCUGGCAGAAACCACAUGGA